CGGGCGGGGCGGGGCCUGGCUUGCCCUGCCGGGAGGGGGAGGGCGCACGGGAGGAAGGAGGAAGCCGCCAUCUUGGAGCGUCGAGUCGCCAUAACAAGGCACCAAGGGGGAGCGAGAGGAUUUUAUACCUGGGCGAGGGGGGAGCGCGGCUGGUGGCGAUUGAAGCAAGUGAAUUCUGAUAUAACUCAACUUUGUUAGAGGGCUUUUUUUAAAAAAAAGUUGAUCCACAGUGCAUCAGAGCAAGUUACUACUUUACUUUUGAGUGACUUACAGGUGCUUGCCUGCAUUGCAAUAAAGGACUCAUAUAUUGAGCAAGACUUAUUUAUCUCUUCAUUUUGGAGAGUCUAAUAAACUGUUAUUACAGUUUCUGUACUGACUUUCAAAGUUUUGAAGUCUAAAAAGACAUCUUUAAAAAUAAAAACAUGAGCACGGCCAGAACAGAGAACCCUGUUAUAAUGGGUCUAUCCAGUCAGAAUGGGCAGUUGAGAGGCCCUGUAAAACCCAGCGGGGGCCCAGGAGGUGGAGGCACACAAACUCAGCAACAGAUGAACCAGCUGAAAAAUGCCAACACAAUCAAUAACGGCACUCAACAGCAAGCACAGAGUAUGACCACCACUAUUAAACCUGGUGAUGACUGGAAGAAGACUUUAAAACUCCCUCCAAAGGAUUUGAGAAUCAAAACUUCGGAUGUGACCUCCACAAAAGGAAAUGAGUUUGAAGAUUACUGUUUGAAACGGGAGUUGCUGAUGGGAAUUUUUGAAAUGGGCUGGGAAAAACCAUCUCCUAUUCAGGAGGAGAGCAUCCCCAUUGCUUUAUCUGGUAGGGAUAUCUUGGCUAGAGCGAAAAAUGGAACCGGAAAGAGUGGAGCCUACCUCAUUCCCUUACUUGAACGGCUAGACUUAAAGAAGGACAAUAUACAAGCAAUGGUGAUUGUUCCCACCCGUGAACUAGCCCUGCAGGUCAGUCAAAUCUGUAUCCAAGUCAGCAAACACAUGGGAGGUGCCAAAGUGAUGGCAACAACAGGAGGAACCAAUUUGCGAGAUGACAUAAUGAGGCUUGAUGAUACAGUGCAUGUGGUGAUAGCUACCCCUGGGAGAAUUCUCGAUCUCAUCAAGAAAGGAGUAGCAAAAGUUGAGCAUGUCCAGAUGAUAGUAUUGGAUGAGGCGGAUAAGUUACUGUCUCAAGACUUUGUUCAAAUAAUGGAGGACAUUAUUCUCACGCUACCUAAAAACAGACAGAUUUUGCUCUACUCAGCCACUUUUCCUCUGAGUGUACAGAAGUUCAUGAAUUCCCAUUUGCAGAAACCCUAUGAGAUUAAUCUGAUGGAGGAGCUGACCUUGAAGGGAGUUACCCAGUACUAUGCCUAUGUAACUGAGCGUCAGAAAGUACACUGCCUCAAUACGCUGUUUUCCAGGCUCCAGAUUAACCAGUCGAUCAUUUUCUGCAACUCCUCUCAACGGGUUGAAUUGCUAGCCAAAAAGAUCUCCCAGUUGGGCUAUUCCUGCUUCUAUAUCCAUGCUAAAAUGAGGCAGGAACACCGCAAUCGUGUGUUCCACGAUUUCCGAAAUGGCUUAUGCCGCAAUCUUGUUUGCACUGAUCUGUUUACCCGAGGUAUUGAUAUCCAAGCUGUGAAUGUGGUGAUAAACUUUGAUUUCCCAAAGCUGGCAGAGACGUAUCUCCAUCGUAUUGGCAGAUCAGGUCGCUUUGGUCAUCUUGGCCUGGCCAUCAACUUGAUCACCUAUGAUGAUCGAUUCAACCUGAAAAGUAUUGAGGAGCAGUUGGGAACUGAAAUUAAACCCAUACCAAGCAACAUUGACAAGAGCCUGUAUGUGGCAGAAUACCACAGUGAACCUGUAGAAGAUGAGAAACCAUAACCAUGCUUUGAUUACACAUGCCAGAAGGUGAAGCCCUUUGAUCCAGAUCUGUGACACAUCGUUUCUUUGGGGAUACCCUUCUCUUUGUGGGUUUUUCUUCGUCUUUUCAUUUUGGAACUAUGAAGACUAAAGAGCUCGGCCUUUUUUCUUUUUAAAUUUGGCAGCAAGGAAGAAAGAAGAUAAAAGGAGGAAUAUCUUUUUGUUUUUCCACUUGUUUGCACUGUGUGCUGAUUGAACAUUAGUUGCACUAACUGCUGGUUUUAAAUUCUUUUUCUUUGGGUGGGAGGGGCAGCAAGGGAAGAAGAGAAACCCUAAAAAGAGAAGAAUCUUGAUGAACACAAGCUUGUCUGCUAUUUCAAAUUCUCCAACCACCGACUGAGUGCAUUUCAACUUCUCCCUGGUUACUCAUCUGUUUUUAAGCUAAAGAGCUUGUUACUUAUUCGUGCAAAGUGCCUUAUGCUAUGAGACCAUUCAGAAUAUUCCCCUUUCCGACACAGCCCAAGGAAUCAACAGCUGUUUUUUUUCAGGUCAAAGUUCCCCUUUCUUCCCCUUCUCCUCCUCCCCAAGUACUCAAGCCCAGGGCUGGGAGGUGAAACGUAUUGGUAAUACUACUUUUUUGUUCAACUUUUUUUUUAUUUGGAGGAGUUGAUAUGCAUCUGCAGUUCACCCGCACUGUAAAUACCUGUAUUUAAAACAAAACCAACUAAAAAUCUGGGCUGAUUAGGUGCAGCAUCAUAGCUCCAGAAGGAAAGAGUAGCCUGCCAUCCUUUGCAGGAGCCAUAAGAAAAGCCCUAUGCUCUAGCAGAACACUAAAGACUGGUUUCCAUAAGUCUCCAUUAGUAGUUACAGCACUUGAUAUGUAGACUUGUUUCAGAGCCAUGGCCCUCUUUCCUCUGGUGCAGUGUGUCCCAUAGAAAAUCAGAUGUGUAUAUUGUACAAACUUUGUAAAUAUGAUUUUUUUUUUCCUGUUUGGGUUCAUAUAUAACUUUUUUUGAUGAAGGUUGCUGGGGUUAAAGGGAUUUGACUGAUUAUGGGAGCAGCUAAAGAUGAGAGGGGCUCAGUUUUCUGCAACACUAAACAAUGAGAAGUGCUCUGACCUCCGUGAAGAGCAGGCCUCUACAAGUGUCCCUUGUCAGGGUGGGUUUGCUCGAGUGCUGGCAACACUGUCCUGUACCGCUCUUACAGAAGAGAUUACUUGCGGGGCUGCGAGGCCUCAAACUCCGUAGCUCAACCUGUUUGAGAUGCUCUUCGAUUUCCCCCUUAGAAACUUCAGGAACUUUCCAAGCUCUGAAGGGGGCCAAGAUCUGUGUUCCACCAUGGCGCGAGGGAAAUCCAGCAGUGUCAGUGUUGCUGAGCAGUAUACGCGUAAGGCGUGGAUCUGGGUUUAAAAGAAACCGUAGAAAACCAAUUUACAUGCAUAAACUGACAGUUCUGGAGCUUUAUGGGAUUGAUUCACCUCCUGCAGUGUUGUGCAUUUUCUGCCCAAAACAACCUCUGUAGAGACUCGUAAGCAGGUAAGGGCAAGCCCCUGUUAAUGUCAGAAGCUGCAGAAAGCUGCUUGCCAUCUUCUCUGUUUUGGCAUGAAUUGCUGUCUGUCAUUCUGCGUUGUAUAUUGCUGGAAAAUGCUUUCUGGUCGAGUAGUGUUGCUUUAAAUUGUGCCCCUCCCAACAUGCUUGAUGUUUGGCCUGAUCUACAGGCAAGAGGAGUGAGACAAAUCAAAAACCGUAAACUUUUUAAAUUCCCUUUUAGCCUGUUCAACAACACUGUCAGGAGGCACCUGGAUGAAUGCAGUUCCUUUUGCUCAGUCAUUUAUUGUGUAUACAGAUGCUGCACUCACACCAUGCUUGCUUACCUGGAUGCAGGAAUUAAUUUUCUUAAUUUCUCCCCACUUUGACUUUUUUUUUUAAUACAAGUAAAAUUGGAACUACCAGGCAGACUUACCCACCAGUUUCCUUGAGGAUCAUAAAUAGAGACCAGGUGCCUCCUGGCAGCAGCUUUUCAAGAUGGAAAGGUUUUUUUUUUUUCCGGGGUUUUUUGUUUUGUUUUGUUUUUUGUUUUUGUUUUGUCAACAGUGACUCCGUAAUUGUAGCAAAUGCUGCACUAGAGUACAAACUCAAGAGCUUGGUCACAGACACUCUGUGAGCCACGCAGCUACAUCUGACUGGCAGGUACUAAAUGUAAACAGUUUUGGGGUGCUUUUUUGGGGUGGGGGGUGGGAGUUUGUGGGUGGUAACUUUGACCAAAAGUAAAAUCUUGCUCUUGUACUGCAGCCAGCUUAUGAUUUUCCAGUGAGACAGAAGAGGGAUCAUUUUAGUGCAACAAAGACAUGGAAAAUGUAAAUAAAAGUUUUGUAUCUUGUCAGGGCAUGCACAUAUAACAAGAACAAGAUAGCUGUGUUGAGUCAGAUGUGUGUGCUCUGCUUGGAUUUGUCGUAGGUUAGCCUGGUGCCAUGCUUUGAUGGUCCCUCUUGAAGCACAGAACUUUUCAAUUGAAAGUAUUACUUUAAACUUGGCCUCUAACUGAGGAUUGGCACUUACCUAGACUAUCGGGGGCACCAUUUUUAGGUGGCUUCCAGUAAAGAAGGAAGCAGCCUAUUUUUGGUGCUAAUAGGCUAUCUCUAACAGAUGCGAUCUUGCAAAUGGAAAGAUGCUCCGGAUGGCUAGGAUAAUCCUAGCCUUUUUUUUUUUCUUUUUUUCUCCCCCCUCUCCCCUUCCCCCCCUUACCCGUAUAAGGAGUGUGUAUAAACCUUGGCUUCCUCAGAAUCCUGGUGACCUCCUGUUCCUAGUGGUCACGUAGCAGCCAUUACAUUUAUGCACUGAUUGGAACUAGUCUCUGCCUUCAGUGAUGAGUGAAGGUCAAAUAUUUCCUCUGACAAAGAUGAUGAGAUUCUGAUGUACUCUGCAUUUUUCCCCUCAGAAGUCUAAAAGUAUCACCCGAUGAAUCUGAUGAAAUGGAACUUCACAGCUGGGUGAAACCUCUGUGAAGAGGGUGACACAAAUCUUCAGUCAAUUUAUUCUAGAUAAACUAUAGGGUGGCCUCUGGGUGCAUGCUCUGAGUGCACUACAGUUGCUUAGAGGGCUUUUACCAAAGGGAGGGGGGUGGGUUGGUCUCAAAUACGUAUUUUAAUUUCCAGAAUGAGAUGGGAGCAUCUUUCCUUUGCCCUCUGUGACAUUUUAGUGGGUAAAAACGCGGAAGCUCAAACAAAUGUUGUGUACGUGUUGGUAUCAAAUCAUCUCAUUCUGAUCCUGUGUUCUUUAUUUUUACUGUGGGAUGGGGGAGGGUGUCUGCACCAAGAAUUUAAAAAUGCUUCGCACACGUGAUUUUCAAAUGACUGGAUGCAAAUGUGAGCAGGCAGCUGUCCUGCAUCUGAUCCUGUUCUAGAGGUUACAGAACUGCCAUGCCGCACCUCCGGUGUCACCUUCAUGGUGGGUCUCGUGCUGGCGCUGGACUGGGUAAUGCUGUUGGGGCCAAGCAGCUGUAGGUUUCUGAGGGCAGAGUGAAUUUUGUUCCCAGGAACUCUAGCAGUACGACUGCCACUGUAAAGGUUGGCAAAAGUAGUCUGUGCAAGGAAUGUUCUGAUUGCUAUGAACUUCUAGUCCAUUUUCUUUUUUUGAAUCAGGAUUUCUCUUCAUAAUAAGCCAAGUCUCUGGAGCAAAGAGCAUGCAUCCAAGCUUAAAAAACAAGGCUUUGGCAAAUACCAUCCCUUAGGUUUUGCUCAAUUCACUAUUGUGUUGCUAACGUCCCCACGUGGAAGCAUUGUUAAAUUCUGCUGUAGACAAGUUAGGGAAGGGUAAGGAGGGGUGGGGGGAGGGAUGGGUUUAUUAAGAUACAGCUUUGCUGUAUUUUAACCAAUAAUUACGGGAAAGGGGUGUCAGGAGAAGAAAAUAGUCACUGUUCCCUUUAUUGAAAGAAACUGGAACUUUAUUUCAAGGAAAAAAAAAAACUGCAAUUCAAGUGAGAUGUUAUAAUCCACUGGUCCCUAGUCAAGAGGUUGGUAUUUUACUGAUAACCAGUGAACAACAUGGACUAGUCCUUCAAAACAUUCAGGGGAGGGAGGGGAAAAUUGGCUUUCUGUUAAAUCGGUAAUUGGCAAACUCUCCAGUGGAGCUGAAAUUUUGUUGAGAAUGUGUUUCUGUGGAUGUAUGUGCGUCACAACACUGACUUGUGAAGAGCUUCAUGAGUUCAGAGUGCAGAAAAGAUGAAUGGUAAAAUCCUGAUUUUGUUAAUUAAACUCAAUAAAAGCUCCCUGGAACUCCA